AUGAUUGAAGUAACAGAUGUACAAAAAAUCGGUAUUGGUCUAUCGGGAAUGGGUAUAGCAUUCCUAUUCUUGGGUGUACUAUUUUUAUUCGAUAAAGGCCUGUUGGCCAUUGGAAAUAUUUUGUUCUUAUCUGGUUUGGGCUGUGUUAUCGGCUUAGAACGCACAUUUAGAUUUUUCUUUCAACGACAUAAAAUAAAGGGUUCCAUAGCAUUUUUUGGCGGCAUUUUUGUUGUUCUAUUGGGUUUUCCUAUCAUUGGUAUGGCCAUCGAAUCAUAUGGAUUCUUUGCAUUAUUUAGUGGUUUCUUCCCCGUGGCCAUUAGUUUUCUCAGCCGGAUUCCAAUUCUGGGUUCGCUGUUUAAUACACCGUUCAUGCAAAAGCUUGUGCAAAAACUUGGCGGUGAUGCUGGCCGAACGAGGGUAUAG